UGGAGCCGUGCUAGCGUCCGCGCCAUCAGGCCGGAGGUGGUGCCGAGGGCCGGUUUCAGUAUAUGGUUUUCCCCGCCAAGCGGCUGUGCUUGGUGCCAUCCAUGGAGGGCGUCCGCUGGGCCUUUUCCUGUGGCACCUGGCUGCCGAGUCGAGCCGAAUGGCUGCUGGCGGUGCGGUCGAUCCAGCCUGAGGAGAAGGAGCGCAUUGGCCAGUUCGUCUUUGCCCGGGACGCUAAGGCAGCCAUGGCUGGUCGUCUGAUGAUAAGGAAAUUAGUUGCAGAGAAAUUGAAUAUCCCUUGGAAUAAUAUUCGUUUGCAACGAACUGCAAAAGGAAAACCAGUUCUUGCAAAGGACUCGUUGAAUCCUUACCCCAAUUUCAACUUUAACAUCUCUCAUCAAGGGGACUUUGCGGUGCUUGCUGCUGAACCUGAACUACAAGUUGGAGUUGAUAUAAUGAAGACUAGUUUUCCAGGUCGCGGUUCAAUUCCAGAAUUCUUUCAUAUUAUGAAAAGGAAGUUUACCAACAAAGAAUGGGAAACCAUCAGAAGCUUUAAGGAUGAAUGGACUCAGCUGGAUAUGUUUUACAGGAAUUGGGCAUUGAAAGAAAGCUACAUAAAAGCCAUUGGUGUUGGACUAGGAUUUGAAUUACAGAGGCUUGAAUUUGAAAUAUCUCCCUUAAACUUGGAUAUAGGCCAAGUUUAUAAAGAAACACGUUUGUUCCUGGAUGGUGAAGAAGAAAAAGAGUGGGCAUUUGAGGAAAGCAAAAUAGAUGAGCAUCAUUUUGUUGCAGUAGCUCUUAGGAAACCCGAUGGAUCUAGACAUCAAGAUGUUCCAUCUCUAGAUGAUUCUAAACCAACCCAGAGGCAAUUUACUAUUCUCACCUUUAAUGAUUUAAUAUCAUCUGCUGUUCCCAUGACACCUGAAGAUCCUUCAUUUUGGGACUGUUUUUGUUUCACAGAAGAAAUUCCAAUACGAAAUGGUACAAAGUCAUGAUAUGAUUUCCUAACAAAAGGGAAACAAAAAGUAUAAUUUUCCAUAUUCACAGAAAAAUAGAUGCCUGUUAGUAGCAAAUUUUAUUGCAGAAAAUGGUCUUAAGGAAAAUUGAAAAUUUUUUCUCUUAAAAAGUGAACUUCAGUUCCAAUAGCUCACUAAAAUAUAUAUUUAUCUCUUUUCUAAAAUUAGGUUGAAUUGCUAGAAAUAGAAUCUAAAAGUGAUUUGUACUCAUUAUAGAAAAAAUAGAAAAAUGCAAAUUUGCAAAAAGGAAACAUUUAAAUUCUAUCAUUUAGAUAUAACUGCUCUUAGACCUUGAGUGUAUUCCAGACCUUUUUCUUGGCAAAUGAAUCCAUAUUAACUUUUUAAAAAAAUUUUUAAAAAAUGAGAACAUGCUGAUUUAUAAUUUAGUUUUCACUGUACAAAAACUGUUCCUGAGUUUACCUCUGUGACAUGACUUAAAGUGAUUCUAAAGUAUUCACUUGUACAACUGAUAUCAGGGUGCUUUGGGGAGAGGUAACAAAAGUACUGGCAUUAUUUCAUGUAACACAAUUCAAAAAAUUGUCAUUAAGGAUGUGGGUUUUUCGUUUUCUUUUUUUUUUUUUUUUUUUGGACUUGGCCUCAGUUUAUUGGUUUUUACCUUGGUCUCAUUCCUCUCCCAAUCACAAGAGCUGCUAUUUCAUUUCCUGGUUUAAAUCUUCAUAAAUCUGCAUCUAGAAGUCAGGACAUACCAUUUUCCCCCAUUUGUCUGUCAUUUAGGAAGACUUCUUCCAAAAGCCCCUAGAAAACUUCCCCCAGUUUCCACUGACUCACAUCAAGCCACAGAGAAAGCCAAUGUUUAACAUUUUUAGACUCUGUUAAAAGUAGACUGUUGUAAACGAAGAAGCUAUGGCAGGUUUGGCAGAAAUGGCAAAGUCCAUUGCCUGCCGAAAGAAAGAUGUGGCACAGUGUACUCUGUUUCCUCUGUGUUAGACAUUUGGUUGUUGUGAUUUAUUACUGUUAGCAGUGAUGCAGUAAAUGUCUUACAUUUUGAGGUCCUUGCUUAAUUAUGUCCUUAAGAAAGUUUUUAGAAGUGGAAGAAUAAUUGGCUCAAAGUGCUUAAAUAUUUUUAGAGCUUGGUAAGUAUUGCCGUAUUGCUCUUUAAAAGAUUGUGCAAUUUACACCUCCAGUUAGUAGUAUGUUAGUGACUAUUCCCCACUAUUCCUGGUCAGCUAUAGGUAUUAUUUUUUUCCAGUGUGUUUAGUCUUUGCCACUACAACUGAAAAAUGGUAUGUCAUUUUUUAGAUUUGUAUUUUCAUUACAAAUAAGGUCGGUAUAUCAUUGUUAUUUACUGUAUUUCCUUUUUAUGAGCCUCCUAUUCAUUGCCUUUGUUUUUGUUUGUCUAUUUGUUUUAGUUAAUAGGACUUAAUUUAAAGUGGGAACAUAAUAUAUAAGAUGCCAAGACCAUCAUAUUGAUGACAACAUCUACUAAAUUGUUGUAGUGCAUGUCUUGGAGAUUGAAGUCUUGUUGUUAAAUAUCAAGAAAUAAAAUAAUUUCAUUUUUGUAUUACUAACAUUAAAAUUUGUGUGUAAAUUAUACAAAAUUAGGUAUACUUGGCUUAGUAAAAAAAACUGGAAUGUUUUAUAAUUUUUUAAUUUUAUUAAGCAUGCCUCCUUAUUUCAAGCAUAGUAAGUAUGUGUUUAGAAAAUACCAAGUAGCAUUUAUAAGAGAGGCAGUAUUGUUAUUCCUAGCAUGAGUGUAUUGGUGAUAUGAAAAACAAUUUGUCUUGUCAUUGUACUAAUAAAAUGAUUUAACAUUU